GUUGACAAUAAAUCCGAGAUCGCUUCUGCCAAUGUAAACCCGGGCCAGGUGGGUUUACGCUGUUUGUCGUGAAAAGUUAAGCUUGUUCCUAAACAUGCUCUGAUCUUGCCCUUUCCUGCCCGUGGAGAAGGAAGUGUUGCCUCGCAGGCUGCGGCGGGUUCUAUGACAAGAUGUUUUCGGAGCACCUUACGAGCCUGUGUUUCUCUGUCGUUGCGGCCAGCUUGGCUCCCAGAUGGCCAAUUCCCUGAACGGCCGGAACCCGCGCAAGGGACGGAUCCUGGGCUUCAUCGAUGCCAUUCAGGAUGCUGUGGGCCCCCCCAAGCAGGCAGCUGCCGACCGCAGGACUGUGGAGAAGACCUGGAAGCUUAUGGACAAAGUGGUAAGAUUGUGCCAAAACCCAAAGCUUCAACUCAAAAACAGCCCACCUUAUAUACUUGACAUUCUACCUGAUACUUACCAACAUUUGCGACUUAUACUGAGCAAAUAUGAUGACAACCAGAAACUCGCACAACUCAGUGAGAAUGAGUAUUUUAAAAUCUACAUUGACAGUCUUAUGAAAAAAUCAAAACGGGCCAUAAGACUCUUUAAAGAAGGAAAGGAAAGAAUGUAUGAAGAGCAGUCACAGGACAGAAGAAACCUUACAAAGCUGUCUCUCAUCUUCAGCCACAUGUUAGCAGAAAUCAAGGCUAUUUUUCCAAAUGGACAAUUCCAGGGUGAUAACUUUCGCAUCACCAAAGCCGAUGCUGCAGAUUUCUGGAGAAAAUUCUUCGGAGAUAAAACUAUAGUGCCAUGGAAAGUGUUCAGGCAGUGCCUUCAUGAAGUUCAUCAGAUUAGCUCUGGUUUGGAAGCAAUGGCUCUUAAAUCUACUAUUGACUUGACCUGCAAUGACUACAUUUCAAUUUUUGAAUUUGAUAUCUUCACUAGAUUAUUUCAGCCGUGGGGCUCAAUCUUAAGGAAUUGGAACUUCCUCGCUGUGACACAUCCUGGAUAUAUGGCAUUCCUGACGUAUGAUGAAGUGAAAGCAAGGCUGCAGAAAUACAGCACUAAACCUGGGAGCUACAUUUUCAGACUGAGUUGCACUCGCCUGGGCCAGUGGGCCAUCGGGUAUGUGACUGGUGAUGGGAACAUACUGCAGACCAUACCUCACAAUAAACCUCUGUUUCAAGCUUUGAUCGACGGCAGCCGGGAAGGAUUCUAUCUGUUCCCAGAUGGACGAAGUUAUAACCCUGAUUUGACAGGAUUAUGUGAGCCCACACCACACGAUCACAUAAAAGUCACGCAGGAGCAAUAUGAAUUGUACUGUGAAAUGGGUUCCACUUUUCAGCUGUGUAAAAUCUGUGCAGAGAAUGACAAAGAUGUGAAGAUAGAGCCUUGUGGACACCUUAUGUGCACUUCUUGUCUUACAGCAUGGCAGGAAUCAGAUGGCCAAGGCUGCCCUUUCUGCCGCUGUGAAAUCAAAGGAACAGAACCAAUCAUUGUGGAUCCCUUUGAUCCCAGGGAUGAGAACUCCAGGUGCUGCAGUAUUAUGGAUAGCUUUAGUAUGCCCAUGUUGGACUUGGAUGAUGAUGAUGAUAGAGAAGAGUCUCUAAUGAUGAAUCGUUUGGCUUCAGUCCGAAAGUGCAAUGAGAGGCAGAAUUCACCAGUGACCUCCCCAGGAUCUUCCCCUCUUGCACAAAGAAGAAAACCACUUCCAGACCCCCUGCAAAUCCCACAUCUGAGUCUUCCACCUGUACCUCCCCGUCUGGAUCUGAUUCAGAAGGGAGUAGCACGGUCACCGUGUGCCAGCCCAACCGGGUCACCAAAGUCUUCGCCCUGCAUGGUGAGGAAACAGGACAAACCUCUGCCAGCGCCGCCACCUCCCCUGCGGGACCCUCCGCCGCCGCCGCCCGAGCGGCCUCCCCCCAUGCUGCCGGACAGCAGGGCCGGCCGGCACCUGCCCCAGCCCGAGAGCCUGCCUGCCAGGGACCAGCCCCUGCCCCUCGAGGCCUGGUGUCCCAGGGACGUGUUCGGGACAGGACAGCUGGUGGGCUGCCGCGGGGCGGGCGACGCUUCGCCCAAAGCAGGACUGACCGCCGUUUCAAACGGGAGGCACGGCCGCGUGAGCUCUGAGCAGGGCUUUGUGAGGAAGCACCGGCGACACGAGCUGCCUGCAGAAGGUGCCAAGGUUUUUUCAAAUGGUCAUCUAAUAAAUGAAGAAUAUGAUGUCCCUCCACGGCUUUCACCCCCUCUUCCAGCUGGCUCCGUCAUCCCUAGUAUAAAGUGCCCUGGUCCUUCAGCAAAUUCUCUGUCUGAUAAAUCAAGGGAGCACCCAGAUGAUGAUGAUGAAUACAAAAUUCCUUCUUCACAUCCUGUAAUACUGUGUGCACAACCACCUCAUGGUCAUAAUAUAAAACCUCUUGCUCGGGUGUGUGAGAAUGGUCAAUGUGCGAAUGGAACACACGGUGCUACUUCCGAGAUAAAGAAAUCUAAACAUCCCGAGUCAGGAGAUGUCUAUGAUGCACCUACUGUUCCGGUACCUUUGCCUCCUGCACGGCCUCCUGCCAGAGACAACCCCAAACACAGCUCUUUGCUCAACAGGACACCCUCCGAUUAUGAUCUUCUGGUGCCCCCUUUAGGUGAAGAUGCAUUUGAUAACUCUCCCCCCUCACUCCCACCACCACCACCACCUGCUCGGCACAGCAUGAUUGAGCACACAAAACCUGCUGGCUCAGGGAGCCGACCCUCUUCAGGACACGAACUGUUCCUUCAUUCUGAUCCCCAUUUCGACCCAAUAACUGGUCAUGUUCCUUUGCCGCCUGCUCGGAGAGCACCUGGAGAAAAUGUCAAAACAAAUAGGACAUCUCAAGACUACGAUCAACUUCCUCCAUCUUCAGAUGGUUCACAAGCACCAGCCAGGCCCCCUAAACCACUUCCUCGGAGAACUGCACCAGAAAUACAUCACAGGAAAGCGUACAGCUCUGACAGUUCCAUGGAAAAUGUGGAUGCGAAAAUUGCAAAACUUAUGGGAGAGGGCUAUUCCUUCGAAGAAGUCAAGAGGGCACUUGAAAUUGCCCAGAAUAAUGUUGACGUGGCCCGUAGUAUUUUAAGAGAGUUUGUUUGUUUUCCUCCACCAGUCUCCCCACGUCUCAAUCUAUAGCAGCAUCAAGAUUUUCUUGGAGCGUAUGAAUUCUACAGAUACACGUGUGGAUUGGGGAAUGAGAGGAAGAACAGAGUGGAGUAUUUUUCUUCCAUCCUUAGCAGAAGGAUGUUUGUUUCCAGCCAUUUAUCAAAGGCUCCUGGCUGCUCUGAUCAAGACUUAUAAAUAUGCUGAGGCUUAUGUAUUUUUGCUAGCCAUACUUUUUUAAAUCAGGGUUGAACUUACAAAGUAAUUUAAAAAAAAGUUUACUUCCCUAGAACUUUUAAUCUGUGAAAUGCUUUUUCUUGUUUACAAGUUGGCAAGUUACAGUUUUCUAGUUUGUGCCUGUACUAUGUCCUGUUCAUAUUCCCUUGUACUUGUGGUCAGUUCUGCUGUAGCAUUCCCAACAGUUUCCAUGCUGACCACUCCACCAACUAAAUCAUCACUUUCCAGAAAUUCUGUGUUUCUUUUGGUCGUUUUUUUCUUUUACAAGACGCUUUAAUUGUUUUUUGCAUUUCAGCUCAUCGAAUGCAAAAAGUAUGUGGCCUUCACUACUGAUUUUUUUUUUUCUUCUGGGAUUCCUUUGCUUUUGAAAGAGGAAGUAUCUGAAUGUAAAACACAUUAUUCUGUGAACUGCCUUCUUAAAGGUAUUUUGACAGUAAUUUUGGGCAGCUUUCUGUUUAACAAGAAUUCCAUGACCUGUAGUCUCAAGGUCUUUUAUAUACAGUUUCCAUAAAAAACCAUCCCAACCAACAAAUAAAACACUUCAUGCAGCAGUGAUACUGAGUUCUCACAUGUAAAAUCUCCUUCAAAUUUGAGUAUUUGAUUGCAGAUGUUCAAAAAAAGCCAAAUGCACAUGAUAAUACUGUGUUUUGAUUACACACUAAUGGCACCAGUUCUUCAUGACAAGACUAAAAGGAAUCUGUUUCAAUGAUAUUAAAGGUAUUCAGGUAAAUUUCAGUUCUAGAUUCAGUAAAGUAGAAUGCAGUUAAUGUUUUAUUUGAGUGAUUAUCCUGUGGUUCAUUGUGGCUUGGAUCAGUUUGUAUUAACUUGGAAACUUUAAAUCUUUGAUGCACUGUUAAUUCCUAAUGCUACUGUAGCAAUAUUUUUUGCAAAGUUCUUUAAUAACCUCCUCCCUCCCCUGCAUACUUUAUAAUCCUCAAAGAUGUGUUUAACACCCAAAUUCAUUCACUCACUUUCCAGCUGAUUAGUUGGAAAUACGUUUUUACUUUACUUGGUUAGUGAUACUCCAAACUUUGACAUUUUAUUUUUGAGCCCAAAUUGGUGCAAGCCAAUUGAAAAAUCUUUCUGGUUUUAAAAAAAGAGAAGACAGCUCUAUUCUGUGUACUUUCAAAGUUGAGUCCAAAUAUUUUCAGAACAAUUCUUAAGAUUGCUGCUUUCGGUUUUUUGGUUGUUUUUAGGAUACUUUGAAAUUUUUCUUCUAAUACUAUUGAAAAAAUAAAACCAUGUGGUAGUUAGAAUAUUUUUCUUAUUUUGAGAUGUGAUGAGUGUAUGAAAAUUUUCAGUGUGCCUGAAAAUUCAGUGUGCUGGGUGGUGAAAUAUAUAUUCUUUAUUCCCUUUCAGCUGUUAGUGUUCUCUUUCACUCUGAGCAAGUGCUAGAAUUUGUACCACUUACAGGAUAAGAUCUCAUCAGCCGGUGCAUUUGUUGUAAAGAUGUUUUUAAAGGCAGCACGUGGCUGAACUGCAGGAUUUGAACUGAGAACACCCAUUGGAAAUUCCUGGGCUAUCUCAAAGUCCUGUUGUUCCAACAAAAAAUUUAUUCUUAAAACUAAAGUAUUUCAUAGCAUCACGAAGCAUAGUAUGGAUACUGUUAAUCUGCUUCAGUGAUAAAAGAUGAUCAGGAGAAUACAGGGUGUAGGGAAGAGCUGCUGCUCCAUUGGGAUUUGAGCAAAUGCUUCUGAGUUUAUGUUCUGGGAAAAGACAUUUGCAUCUUACUGUAAUUGUUCUUUCCUCGAGUACAGCUUAGGAAAAGUUUUGGUGUAAGUUACAUUCUGUGCUUUUGGCUUGAGUUAAUCUUUUUCCUUUGUUCUGGGAGAAAGUUUUGUGUAGUAGUGAGCCCUCUUGCUCAUUUGGUUUGUUUGCAACAUCACUGUAGCAUUUUAGCUAGCUAUGAAUUGAAAAUGAUUCAGGCUAUUAAAUUAUACACUCUGGUUGUACUGGAAUUACUGAAAUGAGGUUCUAGCAUAACUGCCACCAUAGCAAUGAUGACAGUGAAAAAAGAGCACUUUACAAGGAUGAACAAACAAUCUGCAAAUUGAGUUUUGAAAUUUUGAAUUGUAAUGAAGAACUCAUUUUCUCUUCUUUUAUGCAGCAGCUUAGUAUAAAUUACAUCCUUAUAUUUCAAUUAGAGGCUGGAACUGCUGCCUGUUAGAUUAAGGUUUUUAAAGUUUUCCUUCUUUCUGCUUGUGACCACCAGUGACACUUUUUUUUAUUAUGUGAUAAAAAACCAAACUUGAUGAGCAAUAUUCUGAGUGGUAACUUGAAAAGAGUUCCACUAAUCUUUAAAUGAGUGUCCUAAUGACUCUUCUAAACAGGGGAGCAUGCAGACUAUUUCAAACCUGUUUUGGUUAGUAGUUUUAAAGUCAAACAGCAAAAGUGCUUUGCUGUAGUGUUGAUGUUUAUUCUGCAGGAAUUAAUAGGCUUAAAAAUGAAUUAAUCUGGCUGCAGUCUAGUUCUCUAAAGACCUAGUUCUCUAAACAUAUUUUUAACCUUUGAAAGACUUAAGGGUUUGAGCCUGGCAGUGUGUUAUGCACUUAUAUUACUUUAGGGAACACUGACUUGAAUGAGGGUACUUGGGUGAACAAAGUUGGUUAAACUCAGAGACAUUUGCAGUCUUUAGACCAUCCUUGUGUUGUUUUUUCCUCUCCUUUUGGCUGAGUUACUGCAUUUUGAGCAAAUCAGCUGAAUCAGAAGUUAAGCAGAACGAGUGGACAUCAGCAGCACAGAUCAUUUUUCAAAGGCUGUGUGUAGGAAAAAAUUAAAUCAUGUUAAAGGAAAUGAAUAUAAUUAGCCAUUUUAAUGGCUUGUCUUGAACCUUAAAAUGGUAAAAUUUGUUAAUGUCCAAUAUCUCAAGAGUGCAUCUGGCACAGCUUUUUUAUAAUGUGAAUUAAGGAAGUUUUGUACCAGGAUCAUUUCUUCUGUUGUAUUUCUCUCAUUUUCAGCUUGAAGCUUUACUUUGCACUGACAACUCUGACCUGAAAGCAUUUAAAUUUGUGUCUUAAAUCUUGACAAAUUUUGAAGCAAAUGAACACCGUAUUCAAAGCAAAUUCAGGUGCUACCUGAUGACCUGGAAUUUAGGGCUUUUAGGAGUGACUUCUUGAAAAAGGACUUCAGCAGUUUCCAUUUUGAAGGAUUUUCUUUCAAAUAACUAUUUUAUCUGAAAAUGCCUUUUAUAAACUUGUCUCAUGUGGCAAAUUUAGUGAUGUGUUCAAUUAAUUUAUAUUUUAUUCAACAUUCUUUUUAAAUUUUGGUUAUUAUGUAUGCUCAAGUUCUUUAUCUGUUCAUGUAAGGUAUUUUAUAAAAUUAAUGUUAAGAGAAUGUUGGGUUGGUCCGUGAUUUUUCAAGACUCUGUCUCUCUGUUGCUGAAUAUUAUCACUUUUCAUAUGAUGCUUUAGCAACAUAGCCUGUCCUGUGUAGGGGCCUUAAAAAACAUUGUUCUGUAAGCCACAAAAAUGAGGCCUUGCUCUAAAAUAAGGUGAAUCAUUGCAUUGUGACAUGUGUUUUAUAUCCCCAUACAUUACCUCAUUUCUAAAUUUCAGUAGUAAAAGUUAAUAAAUUGGCAGUAAUUUUGGAAUGUGCAUGUAAUAGCUGUAUGGCAGAAAGAUGCUAACUAUUAAAUAUUUAGAAUCCAAAGUGGUAAACACAUAGUCCGACUGUAUAUUAAUUAUCAGGGUUUUUUCCUCAAGAAAAUUACAAUAAGCUAGCGCUGAUAUAAAGCUUAGAAAAUCAAAACCCUCUUCUAUGCAUGGCAAUACAACUAUUGCUACUUAAACCCCAGCACUGUUCCCUGCAGUUGGAUAAGACUUUCAGUGCUGAGAUUUUCAUGGUAUUUUCUUCAUUGUGUUAAAUCCUUGUCCACCGUGUAUGUCACUAGUCACAUUGCUAAUUAGAGAAUUUUCCUGUUUGGGAUACUUGUCUUUAGUACUCCAGGUGCCUAUUUCUGUCAUUUUUACUCUUCAUAUGUGAAAGUUAGGUGUUACAUUAUUGUGUUACAAUCAAAUUUUAGCAGCUGGAUGCUCUAGGAAUGUUUCAGGAAUUUUUGUUUGAUAGACCCAGUCAUUCUGUACAAGAUACCCACCUCCAUUUAUCAGUUUCAGUAAGUUCCCAUCAGGAAAUUGCUACGUUUAGAUUUUAACACUGUGUGUUACUGUGACAUCUGAACAUUCCAUUUGGCCUUAGAUGAUUUCAUGUCUAGCAGUGGAAAUUCUUAUUCAGAAUAAAUGCUAAUUCCCAAACCUUAA